AUGGAUAAUGAGGAGCAUAGAGCAGCUGUGGUGAAGUUCAAAGGUGGGGAUUAUGUGGGGGCGCUUUCGCUAUUCAAUAAGCUUAUUUAUAAGGUGAAACAGAGCUCUUUUAUAACAGAUUUACCAUUGGGAACUUUACUUGACCAGAGAGCUGCGACGUAUGAGAAAUUGGGUCAGUACAAUCUUGCUUUGAAGGAUGGCAGGACGUUGAUUGAGAGAGAUCCUGGUAAUUGCAAAGGGUACCUACGUGUAGGGAAACUUUUAUGCUUGCUCGAGAGGAAAUUCGAAGCGUACAAGGUAUAUCAAGAGGGUAUAUACGUGAUUGGCAAGUUGAAAAUGGAAAAGAAGCAGAUGAAAAAUUUCAAUCAAGGGUUAUUUUUGAGUCUAAAGCAACAGUACAAGUUGAUAAAUACAGAGCUCAAGGAGCAGAGGACGCAUGGUAUCAAGAGAACUGCUUCUCAACCGAUGAAAAUAGAGCCUAUAAAGAGAACUGCUUUUCAACUGAUGAAAAUACAAUCUUCUUCUCAAAGUGAUUCUUCUCAAAGUGAUUCUUCUCAAAAGGUAAAGAGAGUCAAAAGCAAGUUAUUAGAUCCAUUUCUUUACUUGUCACCGGAAAUUAUUGCAUCUAUUUUCCGGCUAAUUCCCGAGAGUCAGAUUUACAAAUGCCUUUUGGUGAGUCAAACGUGGUAUUGCAUAUUGUUAUCAUUGCCCGAAUUAUACAAUUUUGAUUGUAAAAGAAGCAUCACCUAUGAGGAAUACUCUUGUGGUUUGACCUUUUUCAAAAAAGUAGCAUCUUAUUCCACUUCAAAAGAGAUUAAACGGAUCAAGAUUAACAAUGUCGCAAAACAAAAGAUAACUCAGGUGCUUCUUUCCUUGGUCAAAGAACCCCAAGCACCUAUCUUAUCCAUUGAUGUUCUGGACUCAUUUUUCAACUUGCAAUUGUUUUUUGCAGUUAUGGCUAAGGCCAAUUGGAGAUUGAACAAUUUCCAAAAGUUGCAAAGUCUAAAGUUGGGUAUCAAUUGUAGUAUCAAGUAUCCUCACAUCCUACUUAAUUUGUUCCCUAGGUUAAAGGAGCUUGAAAUCUCAAUAAUCUUACCCGAAAAUAGCUUAAUGAGCUUGGUGCCUAUUCAUGAUAAAAAGUUCAAACAACUUAAGGAGAACAAGGGCAAAGAGUGCAAUUUAGAAAAAUUGAAAUUAGUCAAUCACCAUCAACUAUUAAAAAGGGAAGGGGUGGCCAUUUCCGCACAAACUUAUAGCCCCUUCCCCGUUUUGCUUGAUCAUCGCUUCCCAUCCCUCACUGAGUUGACUCUAGUGUCGUUCAAUUUCAGCAAUCAUUUGCCCCAAUUUGGUACAUUUCUAGCUUCCCUAGACAAGUUGACUACAUUGUAUUUGGAAAAUAACGAUGGGAUAGAUUUACUCACAAUACUACAAGUGUUUUUAAAUUAUCAGCCAAAGUUUAAAUUGAAAAGCUUUACUCUUCGAGAAAAUUGCAUUACAUCAUCGAUCCCACUUCAGCAAGUGUCUGAAUCUUAUCUCACACAAUUCACAAAUCUAAAUACGCUUGAUUUAUACGGAAACUGUCUUACGAAUUCAGGUUUAUUCAAGAUUCUCAAAGUAUGCGGAAACAAGCUCGUCUCACUCAAUAUAGGCAACUCAUACUAUCUCACUUUUGCAUUGCACUCACCGAAACAGCUUUACAUCAAGGAUAUAAUCAAUCUUUGUCCAAAUUUGUCUUUCUUGUAUCUAAAUGAAAUGAAUAUCGAUAGCGCUGCAAUGUUGCAGUUGCCCAAAAAUUUUGGUGACAACUUAAAAGUGCCAUUGAAAUAUUUGGAUUUAAGCUUCAAUCAGUUUGAAGGGAUUGACUUGAUACGGUUUUUGGCAAGUAUUGUAGAGAAGUUGGAAGGAUACUUGGAAACAUUGGUGGUGCAUGGAUUGCCCAUAAAAGAAGACACAUUAACUUACUUGAAGAAAAAGAGAUGGGUGUUGAACUGUAUAAGCGAUCCGCAAAGAGCGCGAUGGAGAAUCGCAAAUACUACUGAGACUAAUACUUUAACAAAUCCUGAUGAGGUUUCUUCUGAGAAUAUAUUAGGCUACAGUAAAUCAAGACAAGAUACAUCCAUUUCUGAGGCAAAACCAAGGAAAAAAGUAUUUAUAGAUGAGGAUGAUAAGGAUGAUGAGGUGCCGAAAGAUACACCAAUUUUAAAUGUUGAGGCAGAAAGCGGACCAGGAGGUAAUCCAGACUUGAAUUCAGAUUCUGACUCAGAUUCAGAUGACGCACCAGAAGAAGAAAACAUCAAUGCAAUCAAGCAAAAAGCUAUAAGCGAGCAAAAACAAGAACAAGAACGACAAGUUGCUUUACAGAAGAGAUUUAAAGAACAAAGGAGAUUAAAAGAUGAACGAAAUAGAUUACAACAGGAAAGCAAAAGGAAUAGGCAAGCUGAAACCAAAGAAUCAAGUUCAUUACCUGACGACAUUGAGAGUUUUAUUAAAGAACAGCAUGUAGCACCAAUAAAACAACAAAACACGCAUAUAAUUUUGAAAGAUGAAGAGGAUAGAGAUUCAUUUGUUAAUAAAAAAUCAAAACUUGAGCAAAAAUUAAGGCAAUUGAAAAAGAGUAAACAAAGUAGUAUAAGGAAAGGACCAGUUUGGGUUCAGACCCAAAAUUUUGCAAGCAGUAAGAAAGUUGUACCCAUAGGAGAAGCAAAAGUUUUGAAGAACAAAGCAAAGUGGCUUAAUAGAAAAUCAGUCAAUAGAAAGUAA